CUCGCUCCUCCACUUCCCCUCCGCUCUACCAAGCUCAAAGAGCAGAGUCGUUGGUUCCACUCCAAGGCUUCGACCAGAUCAGCUUGGUCAAGAGCUCGCAGACCGAUGACGAAGCAGAGCGUGGUGGUGCCGGAGGUGGCGGUGGCGAUGCCACCCAACUCCGCGCCGCUGUUCCCGUACCCGCCGCCGCGGGCCGCGCCUGGCGUCGCCGUGCGCAAGAAGUACCUGCAGGCGCAGAUGGAGCUCGGCACCGGGCUCAUCAACGGCUUGGUCGAGUCCAUGCGGGCGUCAUCGCCCACGCACGCCAAGGAGACCGCCGGCGUCGACGAGGAGCACGCCGCCUGGAUGGUGAAGCACCCAUCGGCGCUGAGCAAGUUCGAGCAGGUCGUGGCGGCGUCCAAGGGGAAGCAGAUCGUCGUGUUCCUCGACUACGACGGGACGCUAUCCCCCAUCGUCGACGACCCAGACGCCGCCUACAUGUCCGACACGAUGCGGCAGGCGGUGCGGAGCGUCGCCAAGCACUUCCCGACGGCGAUCGUGAGCGGGCGGUGCUGCGACAAGGUGUUUGAGUUCGUGAAGCUGGCGGAGCUCUACUACGCCGGCAGCCACGGCAUGGACAUCAAGGGCCCCGCGAAAGCCUCCCGGCACACCAAGGCCGCCAAGGCGAAACGAGUUCUCUUUCAACCGGCGAGCCAGUUCCUGCCCAUGAUAGAACAGGUGCACGAAUCUUUGAUAGAAAAGACCAAUUGCGUACCUGGAGCCAAGGUGGAGAACAACAAGUUUUGUGUGUCUGUCCACUUCAGAUGCGUCGACGAGAAGAGCUGGAGCACAUUGGCGGACAUAGUGAAGUCAGUGCUCAAGGACUACCCCAAACUGAAGCUCACGCAAGGGAGGAAGGUGUUGGAGGUGCGGCCCACCAUCAAAUGGGACAAGGGCAAGGCCCUCGAGUUCCUCCUCGAGUCGCUCGGUUUCGCCGACUGCACCAACGUGCUGCCGGUGUACAUCGGCGACGACCGCACCGAUGAGGACGCCUUCAAGGUGCUGCGCAAGCGCGGCCAGGGCAUCGGCAUCCUCGUGUCCAAGUACCCCAAGGAGACCAGCGCCUCCUACUCGCUGCAGGAGCCCGCCGAGGUGAUGGAGUUUCUGCUGCGGCUCGUCGAGUGGGAGCGCCUCUCCAAGGCCCGCCCCAAGUGGUGAUCGACCAGCCUAACGACCAGCGGCGGCGAUCACGAGGAGAUUACCAAAGGAAUUAGCAGCAUAUUACGGGUGAUUAAUUAGAGGGAGCGUAUCUUUGUUACCACUAAGCUCCCGUUAUCAGUGUGGUGUCGUACCAGACCUUACUAAGCCACCGCGUGCACAGCACAGUCAUGUGCGUCCGUCCGUCCACGGUGCCUCCCUUCUUUUUACGGGGGUGCGCCCUGUGGUUGUUGGGGACCCGGCGAAAGCUUACAAGCUUUUGCUUUUCAUGCACCGGCCCCGGCUAGAGCGACCUGGCGGCUGCGCAGCAAGGUGAAGAAGUACGCGCUGCUGUGUAAUUAUUAUUAUUACUAUGGCUUCUGAAUUUCCGAUUGUGUAAAAGAGUAAGUACGAUGUAUGGAAUGGAGAGCUACCGGAAUACCAGCAACAA